GGUCGACCCCAACUAUGUCAGGGUCAUUGCGAAAAUACAUUGGGCUCUUACCAUUGCACGUGUCCUCAUGGAUAUAAACUCCAAUACGAUCACCACUGCGUGGAUAUUAAUGAAUGUCAAGAACAUGGCUAUUGUCGCGGAUAUAACCAGACAUGUGUUAACUUAGGAGGAAGUUUCAGAUGUAUUCAAACGGAGUGUCCCCACGGAUAUCAUAGGGAUGGGGCUCAGUGCAAAAUAAGUGCCCGAUUGGUAUACCAGGAGAUAUGCGAUGACCCACACAUUAAAUGCGAUGUCAACCAAAUCAUAUGCUACUCAUACGCAUACAUACCUUUCCGGUCAAAGUUUUUACUCAAAUCAGAGUCCGGUUCCCAUGAGUUCUUCACAUUCAUAGUGCCUAUAGAGCCGCCAAUUAUCGCUGAAUUUGGUUUACGUCUGGUGUCUGUGAAGUCACCGCACCUUCACGUGAGGGCCGCCACGAGAGAAGACUUUUAUCUGAAACGAACCAAAGAUAAUGAGGUGAAGAUAGCGAUGUUGAACCCAUUGGAGGGCCCACAGGAUAUUGAGUUAGAAAUUGAGGCCAAAAUGUAUAAAAAUGGUCUUCAAAUUGGCAGAAAUAUUGCAACGACUAUGGUAUUCAUCUCGGAAUACGAGUACUAAUAGUAUUCUGUUUACUAACUUAUUAUUUACUGCAUU